UCCAAACAAGAGACAUUUUCAGGAUGAUCGUGUUGUGGGUUACACUGCUUGUUCUACAUCAUGGAUAUUCGCUGGUUCCAGUGAUCACAGUUCAUCUUGGUGAACCUGUGACCUUCACAUGUGUCUUACCUGGUACAGAGUUAAGCAGUAGACAACUCUACUGGUACAAGCAGAGUGCUGGGGAUACUCUGAAAUUAAUUGUGACACUAUGGAAAUCUACAAAACCUGAGUUUACACCAGAGUUUUCUGAAUCAAGACUACAGGUAAACGAUCAUAGGAGUUUUAUCAACCUGACCAUAGUGAAGACGAUUCAAGAAGAUGAAGGAAUGUAUCACUGUGCAAUCGUGGAGUGGAUUGAAACUAAAUGGAGUGGGACAUAUCUGUCAGUAAAAGGAAACGCUCAGAGGACAUCAAACUAUACUGUUGUUCAGAGUCCAACAGUAUCUGAUCCAGUUCGUCCAGGAGAAUCAGUGACUCUCCAGUGUUCAGUCCUCUCUGACAAGACAUGUUCAGGAGAUCACAGUGUGUACUGGUUCAGAGCUGGAUCAGAUAAAUCUCAUCCAAACAUCAUCUACACUGAUGGAAAUAAAUCUAAUGAAUGUGAGAAGAAACCUGAUGCACACUCUCCCCCAAAACGCUGUGUUUAUCACUUCUCUAAGAACGUCAGCUCCUCUGAUUCUGGGACUUAUUACUGUGCUGUGGCCACAUGUGGAGAGAUCAUUUUUGGAGAUGGAACAAAGCUUGAGAUUGAAGUGCAAACAACACACACAGUAUUCAUUGCAAUGGGGAUAUUAAUAAUCUGCUUGACCAUUUCUGUUAUUGGAAAUGUCGUCCUCAUCUGCAACCGAAGAGUGCGUGAACAAUCUAAGAGAAUGGAAAGUGAUAUUUCAGAAGUAAGAAGUGAUAACUGGCGCCAACAA